UCGUCACGCAGCACCCCUCCUCCGCUUCCUCCCCCCUCGUCUCCUCUCCUCCGCCCUCGUCUCCUCUCCUCCGCCCUCCUCGACUGUAGCAGGAGAGGAGCGUCCCCGUCGGUCUCCGGUCUCCUGGUCCUGUUCCUGGUCCUGGUCCUGGUUCUGGCCCUGGUUCUGGCCCUGGUCCUGGUCCUGGUCCUGGUCCUGGUCUUGGUCCUGGAUAUCUUCCGGCUCUGUGGGAUUUAUUCUGUUUGGAGGGGUUCUACUAAAGACCUGAAACAGGAUCCGGUUCUGGUCUGAAGGUCCAGGUCUGUCUGAGGAAACUGAUCUGGAGUCAGUUUGAAACAGGAAGUCUGGAGGAGGAGCCGAACCAUCAUGACUGUUGAGGACCGAAAGGGCGUUGGCCCGUCUGGAGGAGCAGGUGGUUCAAACCAACAGAAGAACGGGUUCUCUCCAGCCAUGCAGAAGGUGGAGGGACGGGGGACUCUGGUCAACCUGCCUUCAUCCAGGGGCCCGAGCACCCCGGGGUCUCCUGCUCCGGGCAUCAUGGCGCGGGUGAACGACCAGGUGGUGGGCUACAGAGACCUCGCAGCUCUGCCCAGAGAUAAAGCGAUCCUUCAGGUGGAGAGACCCGACCUGAUGACCUACCAACCUCACCUCACCUUCUCCCCCCUCGACCCGCCCCGCAGACAAAGGUCUCUGUCACCUCCCGCCUCGUCUCCCACGAUGUCUCCUGAGAGUCGGGGGCGCUGGAGACGAUCCCAGCUGACAUUGGUGAAGGCCGGUUCACCUGAACAGGUGAAGGAACGCAGAGCGGAGAGCGACAGCAGCUCCCCUGGUGGAUCAACGCUGCAACUGCAGGCGGGAAGAAGGAGCAGCCAGCAGCACUUCCACAGACCAGAUAACGGAGCGAAUAUCUACAGGAAACCUCCCAUCUACAAGCACGAGGUCAACAAACACAUGGAAGGCGUCGUUCAGUCAGCAAAGUUUCCAGCAGCUGAACCUCCAGACCCGAACCAGCCGUCCAAGAUAGAGACCGAGUACUGGCCCUGCCCCCCCUCACUGGCUGCCAUGGAGAUGGAGUGGAGGAAGAAGAAGGAGCUGCAGGAGGAAGACGAGUUGGAAGACCUGCCGGGAGGCGGCGAGCCGCUGCAGGAACGCGCUCUGGAGAAGAUCAAGUCCAACCUGGGCCGCCUCAUCCUGAAGGAGGACAAGGAGGAGGAGGAGGAGAAGGCCGUCCGCUGCCGGAGGAAGACCCAGUCGCUGCCGGACAGAACGCACACGCACAGCAGUUUGUCAGCUGGUGCGUCCAAGUCUCCCGGCCUGACCCGGAUGCAGUCGGCAGAGUUUUCCUCAGACGCAGAUAAAGAGCAAGCAGCGGCUCAGAACGGAGAUGCUCGGAGGGAGAGGAUGGACAGAGGAAACUCUCUGCCCAGUAUUCUGGAGCAGAAGAUUCUUCCCUAUGAAGCACUGAUUGUGACCCACAGAGGGCGCUGCAAGCUGCCUCCAGGGGUGGACCGCACUCGACUGGAGAGGCAUCUGGCCCCGCAGCAGUUCGAGCAGAUCUUCGGGAUGAAGAUGGCCGACUUCGACCGUCUGUCUCUGUGGAGGCGGAACGACCUGAAGAAGAAGGCCUCACUUUUCUAACAGGAAGUGACCUCAUAGCCCUCAAGAUACUUGAUGACCCGCCCGAGGAGGAAACACACACACACACACACACGCUCUAACUAACCAAUCACGUGUCUGGAUGAGGGAGCUGACGGCUGGCCCCGAUUAACCCUUAACUCCCACAUAUAUGACCUGCUGCACUUAUAACCACUACUGCUAGCAACCCUUCAUCAUCAUCAUCUUCAUCAUCCUCUUCAGAGGUCUGGGUUCAUGAAGCUGGUUCACUUUGUAUCCAAUCAGAUCGCUGGUUUCUAUAGAAGCCUGUCGGGGUCAAAGGUCACAGCUUUAAUGUGAGCAGGUCCCCCUCGUCGACCUGACUAUUGAUUAUUGACUCUAUUGACUAUUGAUCAGGUCUUCGUUCUCAUUGAUCUUUUAUCUGACUGACAGUUGUUUAAAUUAGAAUUUUAAUUAGCUUUCGUUAUUGUAUCGUUAACUGAGAAUAGUCAUCCAUCCAUCCAUUUUCAAUACCGCUUAUCCUCAUUAGGGGGCGCUGGAGCCUAUCCCAGCUGACAUAGGGCGAAGGCAGGGGACACCCUGGACAGGCCGCCAGUGAGAAUAGUCUUAUUAUAUCUAAUUUAUAUAAAUACACACACCUCAUAUAUAAGUACCUUAUAAAGUGAUCAAUAACAGUUAAUAACCAGCUUCAUGUCACCAUUCAGUCUCUGAUGAUUCAUAACUUCACUGAUUGUAAACUAGUUAUUGAUUUGACGAUUGUACUUUUCACUCUUAUUUUGAAAAUAUUUUUCUUGCUGUAUUUCUUUUAUUUUUUUAUUCCUGGUUUUAAAUCUUUUGUCAUUUAAAAGAAGAAGUUUGUAUAAAAUCUACACGGGAACGACUGUCUUCAUCCUCUUCAUCUUCUUUCUUCUGGUCAACUCUUCCUCUUCAUCUUCUUGCUCCUUUUCAUCUUCCUCAUCCUCUUCAUCUUCACGCUCCUCUUCAUCUUCUUUCUUCUGGUCAACUCUUCCUCCUCAUCGUCAUGUUUCUGUUUGCUGUAAAGAAGUCAAAUAAAUCUGAGACCCAGA